UGAGACACCAGAACUGCAAGAAAGAGAACCGACCGGAAGCAAAGAACCGGAACAAACGGAAGCCGAGGCGGACAAAUACGCUUUGAGAAAUGGCGGCCGCUGAAGAUGCUAACAGUAAACAAGACCCCAGUGGUUCAGAGGCUCCGAAACUGUCGGAUUUACUGGACCGGGGCUGGAAGCUGUUUGAAGAGGUGGACACAACAAACGAGCCGAGCAGCUCCACCGCAGUGCAGGUGAAAGUGAAGCGUGCUAUCAUGCAGCUGGAGGAGGCGACGAGGAUGGUCAAUCAGCUGGUCCUGUUCAGUCAUAAUGAGGCAUUGGAGGAAAUCUCCACAGCUGACCUGAAGUAUUUGUUGUUGCCGGCUCUUCUGGGAGCCCUCACCAUGAAACAAGUGAACCCCAGCAAGCGUCUGGAGUACGUGCAGGCGGCCCGCGUCUACUUCAUGGACUUCCUCCAGAGGUGCAAGGACUAUGAUGUGUGUAGUUUUCAGCUGCCCAAAUCCAGCGAGAACACAGCAGACACUCCUCCUGAGGAGCAGACCAAUCCAGCAGUCCUGAUGCCAGUCUCACAGCCAGACCUCAUCGCAAUGGCAACACAAAGACAAGCCAAAAUAGAGAGGUUUAUGCAGCGUAAGGAGACCGAAGCCAAGCUGAGUGAGAUCAGAGGGCUGGUUGAAUCUGGUUUAGCCGAUGAAGAGGUGGUGAGAGAGUUUUACCUGCUGCAUGUACGCAGGUGGAUCACACUAGCAAUUGAGGAGAUCGACUCUAUUAACCAGGAGAUGGAGAUUCUGAAACGAAUGGAGCUUUUUAAGCAGAGCGCCCCCCAGUCAUCUCCACCUAAAAGACCACCCAUGAAGCCUUUUAUCUUGACUAAGGAUGCUGUGCAGGCAAAAGUGUUUGGUGCAGGGUAUCCCAGUCUUCCCACCAUGACAGUGGAUGAUUGGUAUGAUCAGCACCGGCGGCGAGGAUGUUUACCUGACCAGGGCAUACCACGCAGUGCAGCAGAUGUUGAUGUAGAGGAAGAUGAGAGAGCGGAAAGAGAGAGGAAGGAAGAGAACGAUGAUGAAGAGGCUCUGCAAAAGGCACGUGACUGGGACGACUGGAAGGACACACACCGGAGAGGAUAUGGCAACCGCAAAAACAUGGGCUGAGCCGAUUCCACACACUCACAUAUAAAUGCACGCAUCCCUUCAUUUCCCUCCAAAAAACCUCCCAAUGCUGCCAAUAUGUGACAUGGACACAGCUGAGAGUGGCACUGUAGUGGUUAGUUAAGGUGGUUCCUUUUUUUUUCUUCUAAACUGAGUUUGCGUAUUUGACAUUUUUUUCCAUGUCUCUAUAUAAAUCUUGGCGAGCUUAAAUGAGACCUUAAACCCCUGAGCAUCUGUGGAGACGGAUGUUUGGGCGUCACCCUUUCCUACACGAUUAAAAGUUUGCCUUUUCAUGGAUGUUGUUUUGAGUGCAGCAUUUCUACAGAAGUGUUCCUGUACUGUCAGCUUUUAGAGUCAAAAUCAGUUGACUCAGAAGGACCUUGUCAUCCACAUAAUUACAAUUUAUGUGCUGUUUGAUUUGAAGCCGGUUAAGACUGCAUGUUUGUUCAGUAUUAGCCGAUAUUGCUAGGCCUCGUUGUCUGUUUCAGAGGAGAUGUUUAAGACGGUUCUGCAAGAGUAUUUAGAACCAAUAUCAGAACUUGCAUGGAUCUGAGACUGUGGUUCAGAACUGCUGAAGAAACCGUGUGGGAUGUCGAAACAAACUGUCUAAACUGCCUUUUUAAUCUGAAAUGUAUUUAUUAUCUGCCACCAUUGCUUUUCUCUUUGUGAGGUCAACUUUCAGUUCUUCAGUAAACAUUAAGUAAAAUCA